CCACACAGUGACUUCAUAGCUGACGACACCGCGGCCCAAUGAAACCGCCACCUUUCCCAUCCUCACAUUCUUCUUCUUCUUCAAUUCCCAGAGAAUAGUUCUAGAGAGAGAAACUCUGAGUUUCUAGAGAGAGAAAGAGGGGGGGGGGCCGCCGUUAUGCCGACGCCAGAAGCGGACCCGGAGCGCCACCACCACCGAGGGAGGACCGCCAGACCGGCGGCGGCUCGGCCUCCGGCCAGGCCUUCGCUCCGUUCAUUGCUCCGAGUGGCGUCGGUCGCUUGCGGAAUCCAGUUCGGCUGGGCUCUACAGCUCUCUCUGUUGACUCCCUAUGUCCAAGAGCUCGGAAUCCCUCACGCUUGGGCCAGCAUCAUAUGGCUAUGUGGGCCGUUGUCGGGUCUUAUAGUCCAGCCCAUGGUCGGACACAUGAGCGACCGAUGCACCAGUCGAUUUGGCCGCCGGAGGCCGUUCAUCGUCGCCGGGGCGGUGUGCAUCGCCGUGUCCGUUCUGAUCAUCGGUUACUCCGCCGAUAUCGGGUGGUUGCUCGGCGACCGCGGCGGCGUGAGGCCCAGAGCCAUCGGAGUUUUUGUGUUCGGGUUUUGGAUUCUGGACGUGGCCAAUAAUAUGACCCAGGGUCCUUGUAGAGCUCUGCUUGCUGAUCUCACUGGAAAGGACCAUCGAAGAACUCGAGUCGCAAAUGCUUAUUUCUCUCUGUUUAUGGCGGUUGGCAAUAUUCUUGGCUAUGCAACUGGAGCAUUCAGUUACUGGUUCAAGGUUUUCCCAUUUACACUUACCUCCGCAUGCGAUGUUAACUGUGCAAAUCUCAAGUCUGCGUUCAUUAUUGACAUAGCAUUCAUUGCACUUACAACAUAUUUAAGCAUAUCAGCAGCUCAGGAAUUACCUCUGGGUUCAAGCGACAGAAACGCCCCCUUCGCUGAGGAAGGGCCAGGGCAAUCCAGCCAAGCUGAAGAAGCUUUCCUCUGGGAGCUGUUUGGGACUUUUAGAUAUUUCUCAGCACCUAUAUGGAUAAUCCUACUUGUAACUGGUUUAAACUGGAUUGGGUGGUUUCCAUUUCUUCUCUUUGAUACUGAUUGGAUGGGUCGGGAAAUUUAUGGUGGCAAGCCAAAUGAAGGGACAAAUUACAGUAAUGGGGUUAGAAUGGGAGCUCUUGGUUUGAUGUUGAACUCGAUUAUGCUUGGUAUAACUUCGGUGCUUAUGGAGAAGCUUUGCAGGAAAUGGGGGUCUGGUUUUGUGUGGGGGAUUUCAAACUUUAUCAUGGCUCUUUCCUUUCUUGCAAUGCUUGUUAUUACAUUUGUGAACAAGAGUAUUGGCCAUGAUUCACCUCCACCUGGGAUUGUGAUUGCUUCACUGGUUGUUUUUGCAAUUCUUGGAAUUCCAUUGGCGAUCACGUACAGUGUCCCAUAUGCCUUGAUUUCUUCACGUAUUGAGUCUUUGGGACUUGGCCAAGGCUUAUCAAUGGGUGUACUGAAUCUGGCAAUUGUAAUACCACAGGUACUGGUAUCCCUGGGAAGUGGACCAUGGGAUCAGCUAUUUGGUGGCGGAAACUCUCCAGCCUUUGCGGUUGCAGCAGGUGCAGCCUUAGCAAGUGGGCUGGUGGCCAUCUUGGCUAUUCCACGUUCUAUUCCUCAGAAGCCUAGAUCUUUCACAUGAGCAAAUUAUGCUUCUCAAUUUCUACAAUAUUUUUAAAUAAGGAUCGUCACGUGGUGGACGCUUAUGAAAUCCUUAUGUUGGAAUCAUAAUCUCAAUUAGGCAUCAUGUCUCAAUUUCACAAUGGGUGGUGCUACCGUUUUCAGAAGUGUGAUGGAGGUUUUCAGAAGUGUGAUGGAACAAGUUAGUCAUAAAAGCGAUGAUUUUUUCAGAAACACUGGCUACGCAACUAUGUCGAUGUGGAUACGCAAAUAGACUGAUGUAAUGGCCAUCACUAAGUUCCUGGUUAGACAAGUUAUCUACAAUUAGUGGAGAAUUUCUUCAAUGAAAAUCAAUCCCGUCUGCUGGAUUGUGGCAAAUUGCUACGGAAAAUUCGGUAAAGCCUCAGCUGUAGGAUUCGGAAAUUACUUGUAGAGUAGUUCCCUACCAACCAGGAUAUGUUUCUGCUUUUUGGGAAUUUGUCCUCCUGAAAAGAUCAUUUUCAUUUUAGGCAAAGUUGAUUGUGAGUUGGUGGUUUACUUAUGAGGUAUUGGAAUCUCAUGCGUUUUGUGCAUGAAUUUGUAGCAUGUAUGUGGUGAAAUGUGCUUGGUGGCCAACAGUGAAUAUGUGAAAUGUACUGAUUGAAACCUUGAUGGAGACAUCCGUUUUAUUCUGUGAUUUGCUGUUUUGAAAGUUGGGGUCAUUUUUGUGAUACCUUUCUAUUUAUUCUCUUC